CCACGCCACUAACGACGGUCUUUCCUGGAACCAAAUUCAAGUUGGCAACUUAGCAGGGAAAACGUUUCUCCCCAUUACUUUACCCGCAACCGCAAGCACACAUGUUCUUCCAACGGGUCGGUCAAAGACAGUGACACACAAGAUUCAACCGGCCGUGAGCGAGUAUAUAACGAGACAGCGAUCCUGUGAUCAAGUUGUGAAAAACCUGGGUUCGAUCGAAGAGAUGGAAGGGUCGACGGCGGCGAAGCGGACGACGUUAAGAGUGGCGGCGAUCUCCGGCUCGCUCCGCCGGGCCUCGGCCAACACCGGCCUCAUCCGCGCCGCUGCGAAGAUGUGCGAGGACUCCAUCCCGGGGCUAGUGAUCGACCACGUGGACAUCGCCGACCUGCCGCUCCUCAACACGGACCUCGAGACGGCCGGCGGAGGGUUCCCGGCGGCCGUGGAGGCGUUCCGCGCCAAGGUCCUCGCCGCCGACUGCUUCCUCUUCGCCUCUCCCGAGUACAACUACUCCAUCUCCGGGCCUCUGAAGAACGCGCUGGACUGGGGCUCGCGGCCGCCGAACGUGUGGGGGGACAGGGCCGGCGCCAUCGUGAGCGCGUCGGGAGGGUCCGGCGGGAGCCGGUCGCAGUACCACAUCCGGCAGGUCGGGGUUUUCCUGGACAUCCACUUCGUCAGCAAGCCCGAGGUGUUCGUCAAGGCGCACCAGCCGCCGGCCAAGUUCGACGCCCGCGACGGGGACCUCGUCGACCCGGAGAUCCGGGAGCAGCUCAGGGAGCUCCUCCUGGCUCUGCAGGCCUUCGCGCUCCGGCUCAUCCAGGGGAAACUCGCGGGCUCCGACGGGCCUGGAAAUUGAUUGGUGUCUGCUGAAUUGGUUGUGGAUAAAGUCGUCGAUUCGGGUUGAUUUUUUUGGUCUGUGUGUGUGUAUGUGGCCGGUACUGCUCCAGAUGUCUGGAUUGAUAAUGCGUAGGGCGUCGUAGUACUCUACUUACGAUGGUUGCUUCAAUAACCCGUCGCCAACAAACGUGGCUCUGGUUUUAGAGUGCUGCGAACCGUGCAUGUCCAUCCCGUCCCGUGAUUUUGACGGGCAUCACACACAAUAUAAACACAUUUUAACGGAGAUCAUCACCACAGGUUUGUUACCCCUCCGUUUUCAAAAUAAACGACGUGGAUUUGUAUUGA